GAGGAGGAUGACUGUGGGCCGGUCCGCUCGUCGCUGAAGUGCAGUCAUCCCGGCCCGUGGGUCAGAGUGGGACCGUUUUCAGCCGACAUUUGACAGUGUGACGCCGCCGAGGAGGACGGAGAGCGACGGACGGACGGACUGACUGACUGAGGGACAGGAAGGAAGGAAGAACUGAGACUGACUGAGUCUGACUGACUGACUGACUGACUGACUGAGCGCGAGGGGGGGAGACAACAUGGUGCUGCUGCUGCUGUCCACCGUGACCGAGUCCAUCCCCGUGGAGAGUCAGAUCUUCUACGCAGUGCUGCUCUUCUCGUGGACCGUGUACCUGUGGGAGGCCUACCUCGCGCACAGACAGCGCAUGGUGUACAAGCGGACCAGGCACGUCCCGGCCGAGCUGGGCGCCAUCAUGGACACGGAGACCUUGGAGAAGUCCCGCCUCUACCAGCUGGACAAGAGCAACUUCAGCUUCUGGUCGGGCCUCUACUCUGAGACCGAGGGGACGCUCAUCCUGCUCCUGGGCGGGAUCCCGUUCCUGUGGCGCGUCUCGGGGGCCAUCACCGCCAAAGUUGGCCUGGGGUCAGAGUACGAGAUCUCCCAGUCGCUGGUCUUCCUCAUGUUGGCCACGCUGUUCAGUGCCCUCACCGGCCUUCCCUGGAGCAUCUACAACACUUUUGUCAUUGAGGAGAAGCACGGGUUCAACCAGCAGACGCUGGGCUUCUUUCUGAAGGACGCGGUGAAGAAGUUUGUUGUCACUCAGUGCAUCCUGCUCCCCGUCACUGCGCUGCUCCUCUACAUCAUCAAGAUCGGUGGCGACUACUUCUUCAUCUACGCCUGGCUCUUCACCCUUGUCGUCUCCCUCGUGCUGGUCACCAUCUACGCCGAUUACAUCGCACCGCUCUUCGACAAGUUCACGCCACUGCCCGAGGGCGAGCUCAAGACGGAGAUCGAGAGGAUGGCCCAGUCCAUCAGCUUCCCGCUCACCAAGGUGUAUGUGGUGGAAGGGUCCAAGCGCUCGUCGCACAGCAACGCCUACUUCUAUGGAUUCUUCAAGAACAAGCGCAUUGUGCUGUUCGACACCCUGCUGGAGGACUACUCCCCUUUGAACCGGAGCGGCGAGAGCGAGGCCGAACGUGGCGAGGACAAUGGCGCCGCUGCCACUGCUGAGAGCGAGAGCGAGAUGAAGCCCAAGACCAAGGUUAAGAAGCAAGGCUGCAACAACCCGGAGGUUUUGGCAGUUCUGGGACAUGAGCUGGGACACUGGAAACUGGGCCACACCGUCAAGAACAUUGUCAUAGGACAGAUGAACUCCUUCCUGUGCUUCUUCCUCUUCGCUGUGCUCAUCGGGCGGAAGGAGCUCUUCAUGGCUUUCGGUUUCUACGAGAGUCAGCCCACCCUCAUUGGCCUGAUGAUCAUCUUCCAGUUCAUCUUUUCUCCCUACAAUGAGCUGCUUUCCUUCUGUCUGACGGUGCUGAGCCGCAGGUUCGAGUUCCAGGCGGACGCAUUUGCGCGAGCCAUGGGUCGCGCCUCCGAGCUCUACUCUGCCCUCAUCAAGCUGAAUAAGGACAACCUGGGCUUCCCUGUUGCUGACUGGCUCUUCUCCAUGUGGCACUACUCCCACCCUCCGCUGCUGGAGCGCCUGAGGGCCCUGGGGGGGCCCAAGCAGGAUUGAUGGUCCCAGAGGAGGGGCACACCCCCAUUUCCAUCGUCCCGCAGGGGGUCACCCCUCCUUUCCUUCACAAGGCCCUCUGAGAUGUAGGGCUUGCCCACCCCCACCCCCCCCUUUCUUUUUUUUUUUUUUUUUCUUCAUCCCUUCACCUCAUUUUCUUCAUUCCAUUGUCUUUCCUGCCUGCUUUUUUGGUUGUUGAAACAAUAAAAUUGAAACUUGAAACGAUAGAAUAUAGAAGCGACAAACUCCCCAAACGCUUGAGGGAAAAGCAGUGUUUUAGCCGAGGGGAGCUGGAUUUAAGAUGUCAUCCUGAUGGUGUGAGUAUGAAAUGUUUGUUAUGUCUGCAUUGUACCGUGGGACACCACAUGGUUACAUUUGAUUUGGUUUUUAUUCAAAGUUUUAUUAUUACUUUUAUUAUUUUUAAAUCCCGCGUCCCCUCAAAGUUGGCAAACAUUCGGAUGUUUUGCUUAGGAAAUGUCGCUCUGUCGCAGCACUCUUAUGUGACCGGGUGCGUUUUCGGAAGGGGACGGAAAGCCCCCCUCCCCCAUGUGGCUCCUCGGCCUUUUGGCUCAGUGGCAUGUCCAGGAGGUGGGAGCUCAACAGAAAUACUGUCUGUAGGAAAGCUAUCAGGUGGGAAGAUGCUGCUGAAGAUGCACCAACUGAGUGUCACACUGACUCCUCAGCUGUCUUACGCUCAAGCUGUCUAAUAAUCACUGUAUGGAAAGGUGAGGAUGGAGAAAUCAUUGAUUUAUGUUGCUCCUUUUAAACGGCUUCUUGAAAUCAGCUAGAAGUAUUGCUUUGUGGGGUUUUUUUUUUUUUUUUUAAUUUUUAUUUUUAUAUUUACUGAAAUUUGGCUGUGCCUGUUAUGGCUCAAUGCAUCUGGAUGUGGGAAUCUCCUGACCAUAGCUGAGAUGGGCCUUAUGAGAACUGCGUGACUGAAAAUGUCCUUUCAGUAGCUUGUAAUUACCCAAGUUUUAUCUAUUUUUCUGGAUGGGGGGAUCUUGCCAUGAAGUGUAAAUAUUUAAUUUGGCAUUUAAAAACUAAUUGGAAAAUGUUGAGCAGCGCUUAAAAUAUAAUGUUCCACGAUGAACAGUUUGGUUUCUUUUGAGUUUCAGUGCCUACGUGUGCGGGGUGGGAAUGGGGGUGGGGAUCCAGUUGGUCUGCACGGGUGGGACCGGCGGGGACCUGCGGGCACGUGCUGUCGGUGCGAGGCAUCCUUGUGCACCGCAUACUUUCAAGUGAAUAGUUUGAAAUGAUGUACUUUCCUUGCAACACAAAAAAUAAUAAAAUGCUCACUAUAGCCUUGCUGUCUGGGUCCCCUGUGCGUAUUUGUCAAGAGAUUUAAGUGUGUAUGUAAGUAGCACCGUUCCGGAGUUUUUGUGCAAGUUAUCUUCAGUCUUGGGCACAAUAGUUUCAGGCUCAAGUUUUAUAAUUCACUUUGCCUUUAUUUUCAUUAUUCAAAUCUUAAAUUCAAUUUCUGCAACUCCCACAUGUCUAAAUUAAUUUUUUAUUACGUUUACAUGCAUUUGUUUGUCAGACACUUUUCUCCACAGCGACGAACAUCUCAUAGAAAAUACGACGUGUUCAUUACUUUAGCAGAAAGAUACUUAGAUGCAGAUGUGUGAUUCUUAAAUGUGGGAAUGAGUAACACAAGAACUGAAUACUGUGGAAGUCCUGUGGAAUUUGUCUCAAGUUAUGAAAGGGU